GACAAAAGCCGUUCAAUUUGCGUCGUCCCUUAUUGAACACCGAUGUCAAGAUGACAAAACAAGAAAUCGCAAGCUUGAGAGCACAAAUCGCUGCUCUGACCACAACGUUCACUGAAACUCAACAAAGAUUGAAUUCGUUGGAAACCCACGCAACACUUAACGUCACAGUCACAAACCAAUACCAGGACUGUACACCAAACAUCACAGAUGAAUCACAAAUUAACUUAGAAAUCUUCAAAACCUUACCAGUCUUCACAGGCGAUAUGAACCAKUAUAGGUCAUGGAGAAAACGUGCCUAGACGCACAUGGAAAACAUCAAGAAUUACGCUACUACACCCAUGUACUAYACGGCACUCUCGAUUGUACAUUAGAAAAUUCAAGGAGAGGCGGCCUAUAUUUUAAUAAACCACAACACCAAAUUCAACUUUUAUUCCAUAAUAAACCGUCUCGAUUAUACUUAUGCGGACCAGAGACCUCUGUAUGUUUCGCUAGAAGGAAUGAAAAGAAUAAAGCAAGGAAAAAGGACUCCGGCAGAGUUCCAUUCCGAAAUCAGCAAGUCACUUAAUCUUGCACUCMCUAAAGUUGAGAUGGAUAAUCAUGGAUCAGGAAAUCCAUCAGCUAUGGUAGAAUAUGCGAACCGGGAAGCUGUGAGGUUCAUUCUCGGUCUGAACAGCAAAUAUACCAGCGGCACCCUCUAUGGUCACAAUCCGAAGGGCUUAGAAACCGCUUACGCUAUCGCACGUACGAUAUACCACGAUAACGUUAACUCACAAUUCGACGUUCCGCAAUACAAUCAGCAGAGACAAUACAAUACAUCACAGCACCAAAACUCAAACAGAAGACAUUACGAGGAACCACAAGGGUACAGACCUAACGUACAGGUGCAAUACAAUCAGACUGCACCCAGGCAACAGCACCCACCAAUGGACGUAGAUUCAUCACAACAAUACACGAGAUCCGCAACUCCCAAUACGAAUCAUUCCAAACCACAACAAAUAGCCGUCAAUUACGAGGACUACCGCCAAAUAAUCAAUUUCGCGGAAACCUUCAAAAAAGAGAAUGAAAUCCGUCAUUUCAUAAUUCCAACGUACAGCAGAAAUUUCAACGUGUAAACCAGACACGCGACGAAGAACUACAAUCGCUUACAYCAGAAUACGAGAACGAUGAUUACGAAACAGGCAGCUCUAUUUUAGGCGCAUGAACGAUUUGAAGCCACGCCACUGCAGGGAUACAGUCAAAGUUAUUAACAUCCUGAUUGACACU